UCCCCUCUUUGCCUUGCUGUCCACGGCAAAAGCGCGCGAGUGCUUAGUGCUAAACGCGGGCGUGACCUCCGCGUAGAAAAGUCAACAGAUCAGACCCAAAAGUUCUUCGGUCAUCAAAUCCCUAAUUCCACCUUUCUCCACACGAAGAUCCUGAUCCCGAUCCCGAUUCCCCGAACCCGAUACCGGAGUUGAAUCCCUGCGAUCGGUUCCUCGGUUCCUCUGGUUUUUGAAUUUUUUUUUGGCGCGAAAGGGCCCAUGGCGCUCGACGCCUUCGACGGCGAGGUGUGCGCGGCGGCGACCGGAUCGCCGCCCCCGCCGCCGGAGGGCGUCGACGGGAGGCUUUCGCCGGCGGGGGCUCCGGCGAACGGGGCCGAGGGGGAGAGGGACGGGGACGAGCUGUUCGUGCCCCCGCUCAACUUCGCGAUGGUGGAUGGCGGCGUGUUCAGGUCCGGCUUCCCCAACGGCGCCAACUUCGGCUUCCUGCAGUCGCUCGGGCUCCGGUCGGUCAUAUAUUUGUGUCCUGAGCCUUAUCCGGAGGCGAUGAACGAGUUCCUGAAGGCCAAUGGGAUUCAGUUUUUCCAAUUCGGCAUCGAGGGAUGCAAGGAGCCUUUCGUCAAUAUUCCACAGGAAGCAAUUCGUGAAUCCCUGAAAGUACUCCUUGAUGUGAGGAACCACCCUGUCUUAAUCCACUGCAAACGUGGGAAGCACCGAACCGGUUGUCUUGUGGGAUGCUUAAGAAAGUUACAAAGGUGGUGUCUGUCUUCUAUCUUUGAUGAGUACCAGAGGUUUGCCGGCACUAAAGCUAGAGUAUCGGAUCAGAGAUUUAUAGAGUUGUUUGAUAUUUCAAGCUUGAAGCACUCGCCAAUGUCAUUUUCUUGUUUAAAAAGAUGACGUUGAUAUUCCAGCUGUUGCUGCCGACUAUCAAGGAUCCAAAAGGAGUGCUCGAGAUAUUGAAGCGGAGCCAUAGUAUGUUUUCUAUCUUUAACACUUUAACACUGUCUUGAGGGUAGGGUAGAGUAUGCAGAGUAGAUAACGUUAGUUGUCGGGGAAUAUUGCAUGGACAUCUGAGAGUAGAACAGGGCGCAAAGCAAAUGUUAUUCGCUACUGCUGUCCGUGUAUUAGCUUUUCCAUUCGUUCGUUAGA